AGCGACUCGAAUUAUUUUGUUUGCGAUUAUAAUGUAUGAGAAUUUGAUCUUCUGAACAUGUGUAAACAUCGCGCUAGAGAAAUUAGCAUUUUUUUAAUUAUUUCAAAGUUUUUGUUCUUAAUAUAAUUUUUACUACACAGUGGUAAUAGUAGUAUUUGUUUUUAGCUUUCUGAAUAGUGAAUACUUUCAUUUAAUAAAUAUUUAAAUAUUGUUGAUCGAUAAAUGCUUAUCCUUUAAAAUGAAAAUUAAUUUUAAUUUACUGCCAAUUAAAUUACAUUACUUCCUAUUUCAAGCAGGUACGGCACCCUUAGUGCCUUAUCUAUCGACUUAUGCACGUCAAUUAGGAUUUUCAUCAGCGACUGUAGGUCUCAUAUACACGAUACUGCCUAUAUUUGGGCUCAUAGCAAAACCACUUUUUGGUGUUAUCGCUGACAGAUUUAAGAUACAAAAAUCUAUUUUCAUUAUAUUUCAAAUAAUAACAAUAGUGAGUUUCGGAUCUAUAUACUUUAUACCACAAAAUCAAGUUGGAACUAUUAUACAGCUAGACUGUGUUAAUGGCAAAACUGUACUCAAGAGUUGUAAGGAAAACGUUACAGUAGACGAAUGCAAACUUAGUACAUUACAAAGUACAGCCAACCAAAAUGAAGUGGCAUUGUGUGAGAUGAACUGUGACAUAUCUUCCCCAAAAAUGUGGCAAACAGUUUGUGAGCACUGGCGCAUACCACAAUACUGUUACAACAGCGUAGACAGUUUGAAGUAUUUGUCACACAUUGGGAACAUUACGGUGCGAGAUAGCUGUGCCUUCAUUGAAACCAACGAUAUAAUUUUGGACGGUCAUAAGUAUACUCCCCACUGUCGCAGUGGAAGCGGUUUCGUGAACAUCAACCAACCAUGUAGCCUCAACUGUACGGACCAAACUCUAACCAACAUUAUGACAUUUUUUAAAACAGACAUGAUAUGUUUGGAUAACGAGCUCUUUUAUCGUUUUUGUAUCGGUGAAAAUGCGCAUAUGUCAGUAUCGGAAGAUGUGGUGGAGAAUGAAUGCACAGCAGCGUGCGAGCUUGUGGAGCCAUGGCAAAUCAAGGAAAUAUGUGACAGUCUGCAAGCGAAUGUUGCUAGUGCCUGCCAGCCUAAAUUGAGGUUUGGGGAGGGUUUCCCAACCAAUUUAUCAUUCACGGGCACCGUAUUCCCAUAUACUGUGAUCUCCAAGGACGACUGCCUUUAUGUGCAACUUAAUCAUAUUACAUUACCCGAUGGUUCAAUUCACCAUCCAACAUGUGCAUCGCCGGCUGUGUACCAAUUGGAGACCGAACUGUUCCAUGCGUCUUGCCAAAUUAAUUGUAACAAUAGUUUGUUAAAUGAAAUGUUGGAGUCGGUGUCAGAGAGUGUAAAUCAGAACAUGCAAACGCAAUAUACAACAGAGUUUUGGUUGUUCUUUUUAUUCAUGAUCAUCAACUGGGUGGGACAAGCGGUUGUAGUGACAUUUGCUGAUGCUAUUUGUUUCCAUCUUCUUGGCGACAAAAUAGCUCAUUAUGGCAAGCAAAGAUUGUGGGGUUCCGUCGGCUGGGGUAUAUUCUCCCUGACUACCGGUGCUCUGAUAGAUUUGUUCAGCGAAGGCGCAACAAAAAAUUAUGCUAUCGCAUUUAUACUCAUGUUUGUCUUCAUGUCUGGAGAUGUGGUUGUGUCUUGUUUUGUAAAGACGGAUACAAGAAAAAUGUCUAUAAAUAUAUUGGCGGAUGUGGGAACAUUGUUGUCCUCUUUACCAACGUUCAUAUUUAUUUUAUGGGUCAUAGCAGUGGGCUUUUGCACUGGAUUGAUAUGGCAGUUCCUUUUCUGGUAUCUGGAGGACAUAGCAGCAUUGACCUGUGAUGGAUCCGAACGUAUUAAAACUUUACAAGGCCUUGUUAAUGCUAUUCAAACUUUUGGCGGGGAAAUACCUUUCUUAUUCGUAUCUGGAUACAUUUUAAGAAAAGUGGGACACGUUAAAAUGAUGAGUUUAGUGCUGUUCGCCUUCGGAAUCCGCUUCUUAUUGUACUCGAUCCUGACGAACCCAUGGUGGGCGCUUCCCAUAGAGAUAUUGCAAGGGAUCACAUAUGGCAUGAUCUAUCCAAUUAUGACCUGUUAUGCGAAUGCAGUGGCACCGGCUGGCGCGGAAACUACUGUUCAGGGAUUAGUAGGGGCUGUAUUCGAAGGUGUGGGAACAUCACUAGGCAGUUUAGUCGGCGGUCAACUUUACAAGUAUCACGGUGGAUCGACUACGUUCCGCUGGUUCGGAAUCGGUGCCUUGGUCUUCUGUUUCCUACACAUAUUUGUUCAAUACCUACUCAAAGAUAAAAUACAACAUAACUUCAUAACAUCAGGUUACACAUCCACGAUGCAUUUUCAAAAGCCAAACGAUACGGUCUCUAUGUUGGAACAAAACCGGGAAGAAGAUAGAGAGUAAUUUUAAAAUAUUACUUCUAUUGAACACUCCAGAAAUGGAGCUAGUUAUGCUGUCCUUGUAAUAUGAGAUAUUCGCAUAACCUGAACUUUUUCUGUGUAAUAACUACCUCUUAUUUGAAUCAUGAAUUAUGUAUACGUUCUUAGUGUUAAUGUUAAACAGUAGUUAAUGUUUUAAUGCUUUCAUAUUUCAUGCUUUCAUUUUUAGUAUUUAGUUUCAUGAUUAAUCAUUAAUUAAUAGGUAAUAUAAAUGCAGAAGUUAGUGGUCUGUCUGUCUAAUUAAUUGUUGUUUCAUAAUUUCUCAGUUUCACAGAGAAAGGCAACUGUUGAAUUGAUUUUGACAAAAAUUGCUUGAAAAAUAAACAUUGUGAACAUGACAUAGAUAGAUCUAACUACGAAGGAUAUUAGUGACUAUAAUGCUUUAUUUUUGUGUAAUAGUUUUUUUUUUCUUUUUUAUAAGAAAAAAAAACACUUUUUUUAUUUUAUUUAUUCCACAAUUCAGUUAUACAAGUGAUUUUUUAUAUAAUUAUAUUUUUAAUGAAUUUUUCAAAAAUCAAAUAAAAACAGUUUUGGAAUUUUUUUCAGUGAAGUCACUUGGAAGUGGCUAUAUAUAUAUAUAUAUAGUAUAGGUAAAUAAAAUAUAUAAAUAUAUUAUUUCUACGAUUGUAAGAAAGGAGUACAAUUAGAGUAGGCAUAUAUCAAGCGGUGAAGUCUCAAAUAUUCGGCCCUCCUGGCUUUUCGAUAUAUGAAUAAAUUAAUAGUUAAUUAUAAAUUAAAAAAUGUGUUCCUGUACCUUAGAAAAUAAUUGGUUUUAUUAUUAAGUUGAAAAUAAAAUUACUAAAUUUAAUUUAUAAGAGUCAAAUUUUAGGUUAUCAUGUAUAAAUUUUUUUGUUUUUUGUUUUAAAAAGUACAAUAGUUUAUUUUUGUGUGGGAUCAUGCUAAUGGUAACCCAUGUUAAUGUUAUUUUAUAUAACUAGUCUAAAUAAAUAAGAAUUGGUUCCUAUUGAACGAAAAUGACGCGUAACAAAAUACAAAGCAAAAAUACAGUCAAAAUGUGAAUCUCCAUCCACUGACUGCUAGUUCUCUAGUUUCAUUCUGACAAUUUUUCAAUUGGUAAUUUUAGUUCUUAAGAAAGUAAUUUGGACAAACAGACAUACAGACAACUAAAAGAUGUUAUAAAGCUUUACUCUAUUUACAGUUUUGUGAGAACCGUGGUCCUAAAGGUCGUUAUGCAGGUAAUAGGUCUACGGUAAGUUUUGAUUUAUUAUGUUUUUACGCUAUGACAAUAGGGCCUAUUUUGGGGCGCCUUUCUGUAAACCUAUUCUAAAAUUGAAAUUUUAAUUUGAUACAAUAGCAAAGUCUUUAUUGCUGGGACCAAUGUGAACUAAAUUUCUUAUAGAUUUAAAUCAACAUUAUUAUAAAUUUAGCCUAUGAUGAUCCAUACAAAAGUAAUUUCGCAAAAUUAUCAAAGUAAUAGGUUAAAAGGUAGGUUUAGAAAAAUUGUGCCUCAGAAUAGGUCGCUUUAUUUUAAUAUGAUAGACAUAUAUUUAGUUUUAAGAAAAUUGUACGUUAGUAUAAGAUUAACAAUGGCUGGAUACUAAGAUGAUUGUGAUAAAAAAAAAAAAACUCAAAUCCUAUUGGAAUUGUCAGUUCCUAUUUCUUACCUAUCUUAUUUAUAGAUUGGCAUUUAAAUAUAUUUUCUUAAGGUUUUUUUUAUUAAGUAUUAGAAUUUAUUCGAAAUAUUAAUUAUAUAAGUAUUGCAUAUAAAAUUUUAAAUAUAUUAAAAUUAUAAAGAUAGUUAUACCUACUCAGUGAUCUAUAAUAAUUGUGGAAUUUAAAAAUAUACUGCAAAUGCUUUAUUCUUAAUUGCUAUAAGAAACAAAAUACGACAAUAUAGUUAUUGAAAAAAUAUUAUUGAUAUUGAAAUUAUAAUUCAAAGUUUAUAAUAACGUUAUAAUAUUAGAUUAAAAUAAUAAAAUAUUUACCACUCGCAAGGAAUACUACAAUGCUUAAUAUAUAAUAUUAAACUAUUAAUACAAUGUCUAAAAUAAUCCUCAAAAUAAUUGUUUCUAAUAUUUUUUAAACUUUCUACUUUUUAUAUAAACUGUAUACUAAAAGAACAAAAGUAGCAUAAGGCCAAUGUAACUUACACUUUAAAGCACUGUAGUAUAGUGCCUUACGAGCGCUCAUUUUUUCAGAAAUAUAUUUUUAAAUAAUUAUUCAAUUAAAAUAGUAAUAUAAAUUUAUAGUAGUAAUAUUUUUGAUUAAUUAUAUAAUAUUAAUAAUUAUGAAAUAUAAUCUAUUAAAACAAAAAUAUUUUUGACAAUUGACAUCUAAUGCAACAUAUCGCUAUGAAUGCUCUUAAUAAUGCCCUAUGCAAGUUUUUUUUAACUAGUCUUGAUAAAUGUUAUUAAUAUUGAUGUAAUUCAUGUGAAGUUAGCUGUUAUACCCUUUCUAAAUUCAAAUUGCUGCUCUUAUAAGAAAAUAGCGUGGUGUUCUUUCUAUACACACCUAUUUAUGCCAUUCCUUAUUUCAUGUAAAAAAUGGAUAAAACGGCUGAUCCGCCUAUUGUGGUUAUAAUUAUGUAUACUUAAAGUUUAUAAAAACCCUACUUAUUCAAAAUAAGAUUGUUCAAUUAAGUGAAUAUUAUGUCCUUAGCAACAUAAAAUGUACUUACUCCUAUUACUAUAAAAGAAAGAUUUUAAAAGAAUUAAUUAUAAUCACUUCAUGAUUUACGUAUCAGUAUUAAGUACAUAUAUAUAGAAAUGUGGUAACCUGUAAAUGAAAUUUAUUAGAGCUACUUAUGUUAAUUUGUUACUUUAAAAUUU